AUGUUGAGAACUCAAGCCGCUAGAUUGAUCUGCAACUCCCGUGUUGUUACUGCCAAGAGAACUUUUGCCUUGGCUGCUCGUGCUGCUACUACUUGCAGGCCAGCCGCUAGACAAUUUGUCAAGCCAUUGAUUGCUACCCGUGGUAUUAAGCAAAUCAACUUCGGUGGUACCGUUGAGACCGUUUACGAAAGGGCUGACUGGCCAAAGGAGAAGUUGUUGGACUACUUCAAGAAUGACACUUUUGCUUUGAUCGGUUACGGUUCUCAAGGUUACGGUCAAGGUUUGAACAUGAGAGACAACGGUUUGAAUGUUAUCAUUGGUGUCCGUAAGGAUGGUGCUUCUUGGAAGGCUGCCAUUGAGGACGGUUGGGUCCCAGGUGAGACUUUGUUCGAAGUUGAAGAAGCUGUCAAGAAGGGUACCUUCGUCAUGAACUUGUUGUCUGACGCUGCUCAAUCUGAGACUUGGCCAGCUUUGAAGCCUUUGAUCACUGAAGGUAAGACUUUGUACUUCUCUCACGGUUUCUCUCCAGUUUUCAAGGACUUGACUCACGUCGAACCACCAAGCAACGUUGAUGUUAUCUUGGUUGCUCCAAAGGGUUCCGGUAGAACCGUUAGAUCUUUGUUCAAGGAAGGUCGUGGUAUCAACUCUUCUUACGCUGUCUGGAACGACGUUACCGGUAAGGCUGACGAGAAGGCUCAAGCUUUGGCCGUCGCUGUUGGUUCCGGUUACGUUUACCAAACCACUUUCGAAAAGGAAGUCAACUCUGACUUGUACGGUGAAAGAGGUUGUCUAAUGGGUGGUAUCCACGGUAUGUUCUUGGCUCAAUACGAAGUCUUGAGAGAAAAUGGUCACUCUCCAAGUGAAUCUUUCAACGAAACCGUCGAAGAGGCUACCCAAUCUCUAUACCCAUUGAUCGGUAAGUACGGUAUGGACUACAUGUACGACGCCUGCUCUACUACCGCCAGAAGAGGUGCUUUGGACUGGUACCCAAUCUUCAAGAACGCCUUGAAGCCAGUUUUCCAAGACCUAUACGAAUCUACCAAGAACGGUUCUGAAACCAAGAGAUCUUUGGAAUUCAACUCUCAACCAGACUACAGAGUCAAGUUGGAGAGCGAAUUGGAGACCAUCAGAAACAUGGAGAUCUGGAAGGUCGGUAAGGAGGUCAGAAAGUUGAGACCUGAAAACAAAUAA